AUGCCUCAGGUGCCGGAGUUUUAUUCCGGUCGGAAGCGGUGGGACGGGCAGACCGCUUCCCUGCCGGAGGUGACAGUUCAGUUUGUAUUACAACUGGGGAUGUGGUACUGGAAAGAUGAAACCAGAACUCUUGAAUUCAGAAGUCACAGAGAGAGAGGCAGAGACACAGGAAGAGGGAGAAGCAGGCUCCAUGCACCAGGAGCCCGACGUGGGAUUCGAUCCUGGAGCCCGACGUGGGAUUCGAUCCUGGGUCUCCAGGAUCGCGCCCUGGGCCAAAGGCAGGCGCCAAACCACUGCGCCGGCAAAGGGAAACGUUUUACACCUGCAGUAGAACUCAAGGAAAAAGGGAAGAAAGGCAAAGCAAUACACUUUGCUGAAACUGAUGGUCCAGCUGCAGACAGGUUGACAGAUAAAAAAUUUGCUUCAAGAGAUGAUAAGUCACCUAAAGCCUGGAAAACAGGUCAGCAGGGCAAUGUGAUGCUACAUGAUGCUAAAUUUGUUGCUUUGUUUUUGCUACAAGAUACUGAGAUGCAGUGGAUCUGUUCUUUUACAAUAUUUAUGAGGAAUAAGAAUCUUGACAAUUUCCUCAUGGCAUUAUUAUACUAUUUAUCUCAUUACUUGGAAAAAAACUCACUGGAAAAACAACCCAAAAGCUAUAUGGUGGGCCUCGUAGAGAAAAAAGAGAUGGAAUUGGUUAUAAAUAAGUUAGAAGCAGCACAAUACUUAGCACAGAAGUACUGCAUCCUUGUCCUGGGCUUGGCUAUGCCUGACAAACAUCAUAUGUGCUGUGGAAAGGAGAAAAUCUCAGAUACACAAAAAGAUUGGAAAUUCUUUGAGUCCUUUUAUACUUUCUGUACGUAUGUAGCUUGGAUUGUCUUCCGACGUCAACACUUCACAGAGAUUGAGGAAGAAAUAGGGAGGCUCUUUCGUACCAAUUUGUUCAACAUUCCUCGGAGGAAGCGUGAGGAUGAAGAAUCAGGAGGGGAAAAGAAACGCAUGACUCUUGUACAAUUCAGGAGAAUGAUGGCAAAACGCCCAGCGAUUAAAAAAGCCAUUCACAUGCACUCUCCAGUCAUGUCUACUCUGCUGCCAUCUCUCAGAGAAAAAGCUCAGGAUAUCUUUGAGAAAAAGAAUCAUCAAGUAGGCAUCAAAUUCCCAGCCCAGAUGCAAGAGCACAUGGAAAGUCUGGACUCUGUGCCUAUGCCAACAGUUGGCAUCCUGGGGGAGCCUCGAUGUCUGUUCAACCUCCAUACCCUUCUUCCUCUUGAUCUGGAAGAAAACAUGAAAUCAGAUGGGAGACAUUCUUCCCUAAUCGAAAAAAAUAACAUGAAAAUCCAAGAUACACUGAACUUAGUCAUGAGAACACUAUCCUCUCAAACAACAUUCCCUAAAUAAUCGGGUACCUUCCAUUUCUGUAAUUAAGUUCCUAUAUUUGAAGUAAACUACUUUGAUUUAAUCACUUUAUAUAGGACUAAUAUUUAUUAUUGUUAAACUUUUUAAGUUGUUCAAAUUAUUUUGUUAAAAGUGGAAUAGUAGACAAGGAAUCCCAGAAAGCUCUUGAAAAGCUCAUUUUCCUGUAUUGACUAGUUUGUUUUGUUAUUAUAUAUUUACUUCCUUGGCUUCUAUGUGACUGUUUAGAGUAAUGGUAAUGUAUUAGAAUAUUUAGCCAAUAUUCUAGGGGACUAGUGAAGAAACAUCCUGUGUAUUUGUUUCUAAGCUCAUUUUUACUAUAUGAGAGAGUAUCUUUGGUACAUUUGAAAAGUAAAUUUUAUAAAAAGGGAAAUUAAAAUGUUUUAAAAAUGAAACUUCCUGGGGCAGCCCUGGGUGGCUCAGCGGUUUGGCGCCUGCCUUCGGCCUAGGGCGUGAUCCUGGAGUCCUGGGAUCGAGUCCUGCGUUGGGCUCCCUGCAUGGAGCCUGCUUCUCCCUCUGCCUGUAUCUCUCUCUCUCUCUCUCUCUAUCAUGAAUAAAUAAAUAAAAUCUUGAGAAACA